ACUCAACCAUCACACAGACAGAGGACCUAACAAGAGUCACCAAGAGAUCUGCUCACCAACUGAACCACUUCUGCUCUCCUAAGAUGAAGACAUUCAGUGUUGCAGUUGCAGUGGCCGUCAUGCUCGCCUUCAUCUGCACUCAGGAGAGCUCUGCCUUACCCCUCACUGGAGUAGAAGAGCUGGAGCAGCCAGUAAACAAUGACAAUGGUGACAAUCCAGUUGCUGAUCAUCAAGAGUGGCCAAUGGAAAUGGGGAAUAGGCAGUUUAACAUCAGAGAGAAGCGGUCUCUCUGUGUUAAAUGCACUCCUUACUGCUACCCGACUGGUGACGGCGUCUUCUGUGGUGUCCGCUGCGACUUCUGCUGUUGACCUCCUCAACAACCACCUAACAUUACAAUGUUACACUUUUUACUCUUACAGCUAGUUCACUAUUUUACUACUUGCUUUACCGGCUCUUGCAAACCAGAAGAUGUGACUGAAUUUGGUCACGCUGUAGUUCAUAUAUGCUCAGUCAUGUGAUAGUAUCCUAAAUAUCUGCAGAUACUACAGUGUAUUAUAACAAUAAACUUUUUUUACUCAUA